AUUGCCACAUCGUGUCCAAAAGAAAAAAACACAGCCCUCCUCUCAACACUUGACGCCCAGCUCUCUCUCGACCUUAAACCUAGAAACCCAUGCCAUCUCUUACAAACCCAUCCCUUUCGAAUGGCUUCAAUCUCAUAGGAGCCUCUUCCUCCGCUUUCUCACCUUCACCCUCUUCUCUCUCGCUGUCACCGUCCUCAACAGCCUUGGUUUUUCUCCACCUCCCACUCUGUCUCUCUCUCCCUUCCGUCGUCAAAGCUUCCGUUGGAUGGCUGAGCUUCCUUUAGUCGGAAACGGUGAGAAUCUAUUCAAAUUGUUAUGGGUUUGAGUGUUUGAGUCACCUCUCAAUUGAAGGUGAAGAAACCUCCCCCCUAAAGCGCUCCAAGUUUCAGAAAUUCCUUGACAACUUCUGCAAAGCAAGUGAUUGCUUCAGCGCAAUCCGACUGAUUCUUCUGAACCUCGAUCGGGAGCGCGGUAGCUAUGGCCUUAAGGAGUCGGUGCUGGCAAUUUCGCCCUCGUCGCCGCCAAGACUGCUGAUUGCAUAUGAGAAUGGUCUGAUUGUUCUCGGGAUGCUUUAGAAGAUCAAGUUGUGCUUGUAAGAGGUUCCAAGGACCUGCAAGUGAAGGAAGAAACAGUCCAUAAUUCUUUUGAAGGCACAAGAACUGAGCUGACUGAUGCUACAUCAGGCAGCAAACAGGUGGAGAAAGAGAUAAGCUCUCUUUGUUGGGUAUGCGAUAAUGGGUCAAGUCUUGCUGUUGGCUAUGUAGAUGGUGAUAUAAUGUUUUGGGAUAUAUCAACUGCUGAGUCUACCAAGGAUCAUAGAUCUAAAAAAUUAGCUAACAAUGUUGCGAAGCUAGAGUUAUCAUCAGAUGACAAGAGACUCCUUGUCAUAGUUUUACACUGGUCUGCAAAUAGGUUAAGUCAUCAUCCUAGGGGCCAACUCUUUGUUUAUGGAGGUGAAGGAAUUGGGUCUGAAGAAGUUCUCACGAUAUGGUUUUACUUCCAGCUACUGGUGCAAUGGAGAAUGGUGACACAUUGCUUUUCACUUUGACAAAUCAGGGACAACUGCAUGUCUAUGACAAGGCUUGCUGGUCUGCCUUAAUGUCUCACCAAAAGAAAAGGAUUGAUGGGACUGCAGUGCAGUAUCCUAUGUUUAUACCUACUACUAAACCGUGUAUGACAGUGGUAAAGCUUGCUUUGGUGGAUAGAGAUGGGAAAUACUCCUCAGCUCUGUCCAAGGAAGUUUUAGUUGACAAGUCUAAUGCGAAACACACUUUGAAGAAGGGGGGUGCAAAGUGGCCUUUGACUGGUGGUGUUCCCAGCCAACUUUCUGAUGCUGAAAAUUUUUAUGUCGAGAGACUAUAUGUAGCAGGAUAUCAAGAUGGAUCUGUUCCAAUAUGGGAUGCCACCUAUCCAACUCCGUCGCUUAUAUAUGCUAUAGGUCCUGAGGUAAAAGGUAUCAGAUCUACAGGUGCAAAUGGAACAGUCUCAGCAUUGGAAUUGUGUUCUCUUACUUUAAAAUUAGCUAUUGGUGAUGUGUGUGGUCUGGUGCCGCAACGGAGACAGGGACUUAGUUCAGGUGGACUAAUGAUUAAGGAGUUGAAUGACUUGCUUGAUCGUUUGGCAUCAGGUGAAAAUAGGGCAUUGAAGUUGGAAAAGCUGUGAUCCCGCUGCUGGCUCUGAGAGUUGGUGAUGCAACUAAUGCAUGUAAACGAAGUACAUUACUUCUCAAGGACUACUCCGGUAGUAAUUUUUUUCCCGUUUGCAUUAUGUCAGGACUACUCCGGUAGAAAUUAAAGGAUGAUCAUCUUUUCAAAGAUGUGCUGAAUACAUGAAAAUUUGGGCUGUUCUCCAACCUACCUGUGACUCUCUGAGAUUUAUUCCUCCUUUUUUUAUGAUUUUUAAUGAUUGCUUGCUUUUAAACUUGAAGUCCAUUACUGUUCUAGAUUUCGGGUAAUGCUGUUCAUGUGAAAGCCUAGGAUAUUUUGCGGAUAAGGUUAUGGUUACUAUGAAACCAAUGAGAUUGUGAAUCCAACAUAUUUUAGUUGUUAAUUUCUUUGGUAACCUGCUAGGUACUCACUCAGAACUUGUGUUCAACAGCAGCAAGCAAUUAAUGUCAUUUUGAAUGCGUUUAGGACUUGUUGAAGAAUGUUUCAAUCAGCCAGAAUCUUGAAUGUGUUCAAAGGGUAAGGUCAUUGGGUGAGCAGAACUGGAGUCAAUACUAGAGCUUCUGCAGGGUCCUUGUCGAUCAUGUAUAGGAUCGAUGGCUUAAGAGAUCGAAAGACUGCUUAUCAUCUUUGCCUACAAGAGAGCUUCUGCAAGAACAAAUGAAGGUGCAUUAAAGAAAAGCAGUCGUAAUCUAUGUAGUUUAGGUCUUCCUAGCUAGAACAUUUUACAAGUACAGACUCAAUCUCUGUUGUCCUAGCUUGAAUUAUAAGGAUUGUAGUACUGUUUCUAUGGUCAUAUAUUGAAUAUUAUUUCUGGAAAAACGUUUA